AUGGAAGAGCAUAGGUCUGUUUACUUUGUUGAUACAGAUGGUAAAAAGAAAUUAUUGACAGAUGAAAUAUGGAAUGCUCUUUCGAGUGGAAGCGAUGAUGAUUUUGAUGAUAGCGAUGAAGAUCCUACAUUUAAUCCUAAUGUUCUCUUCAAUAGAAAUUCAGAAGAUAUUUCUGACAAUAACAAUGAUUCUGAAUCAUCUGAAAAUGAAGUGAAUAUUCAAAACGAAAGUUCGACUUCAGGUAACAAGACAUUAGAGGAAAAAAGUAAGAAAGUUAAAAAGGAAAAAAUUAAACUUGUAUGGAAGAAAAAGUCUUUGCAAGUAAAUCCUGAAAUCAUAACUUUCAGUGGAGAUACACAUGUACAACAGACACCUGAGAAACCUCUGAAUGUAACAUCAUCUGAUAUAAGAAAAUAUUUGGGAAUUUGUAUAUUGAGUUCUGUAUCAAGUGUUAAAGAUUUUAGAUUGUACUGGAAUCCUGCUGUUGGAAUAUCUCUCAUUCAAAAUUCUAUGCCCGUUAACGAAUUUGAAAAAAUAAGAAGAUAUCUUCAUUUCAAUGACAAUAAUGCAUUUUCAACUGAUUUGCAAGGAGGCCAGGAUAAGUUUUUCAAACUGAGACCUUUGAUUGAUGAACUUCAAAAAUCUUUCCUUUCCAUUCCUAUGGAAGAAUGUUUAUGUGUCGAUGAACAAAUGUGUGCUACUAAAGCUAGACACCAUUUAAAACAGUAUAUGCCUGACAAGCCCCAUAAAUACGGUUACAAACUCUUCAUUUUGAGUGGAGUAUCCGGAUUUGCAUACAAUUUCGAGAUUUAUGGUGGCAAAGAACUUGAUGUUGCUAAUAUACUUCAAGAGCCUGAUUUAGGAGCUAGUAGUAAUGUAGUUAUUAGAUUAACUCGUCCUGUUCAAGAAAAUGUUAAUCACAAACUUUACUUUGACAAUUAUUACACUUCUAUUCCUCUGCAAGUAUAUUUGAAGAAAAAGGGAAUUUUAUCUCUUGGAACUAUUAGAAGAAAUAGAAUUCCAGACUGCAAACUUCCAACUGAAAGGGAGCUGAAGUUACAAGUUCGUGGAUCCAUCACUGAAUUUGUGGCUGAAUAUGAUGGCUGUGAACUGUCAAAUGUAUCAUGGAAAGACAAUAAAACUGUCACAAUGCUCUCUACAUUUGCUGGUACAAACCCGGUAAGUGAAGUACAGCGCUUUGACAGGAAACAAAAAUGUCAUGUAAAAGUAAAUUGCCCUUACGUUAUAAAAACUUACAACAAGCACAUGGGAGGUGUGGACUUACUUGACAGUUUGAUUGGAAGAUUGCAGUUAGCAGAAACUUUGUGCUUACAUGGACAAGUAAAAUCACUAAAAAGAGGGAGACCAUCAAGUGCAGAGGAAACAGUUGGAAAACAAUCAAAAAAAGCUUGUCGAAAAGAGCCUCCAAAAGAUAUUAGAUUUGACAGAAUUGAUCACUGGCCAGAGCAUUCUACAAAUAAACAACGAUUAACACCCAAAGAUGGGACAACACUACCAGAUUUCCUGAUCUUCUCUUUGGUGGCUACACUACAACAACCAGCUGGUUACAAAUUGAAUGGCAGAAGAAUGCGGUUCGUUCAUUGUAAGGAAAUUCCUCCGAAGAUCCAGAACCUUCUCCUGUUGUAA